GUGAGACGGUGUGCAGUUUGAACGGGAGCUGUGCUGAGGCGGAACCAUAGAAAUUGGACAAAUUGUUUAUAGGCCCGGUAAAAAUAAACCGUAAUUUAAAAUUCACAAAUUUGGUACAUUUAGUACUAAAAUCUGUCUUGACACGAGGAAAAGAUUAAUUAUUCUGUUAAACGAUUGUGGGUAUGUAAAGCCGGUGUCGCGCAUAGAAUCGCUCGCUCCUCCCGAGCUAACUGCUAACUAGCCACGAAGCUAACGCUACAGCUAGCCGGAACACGAAGUCGGCUAAUCCUCAACACAAAGGACGACUUUGCCUGUGUUUGUUAAAUCGACCCAAAAUCACUCCAUUGAAUGAGGACUAGUCCUCCUGUACAGGUUGAACAUGGUGCUGACAGGAAAACGCUCGGAGAAAGGUCCUGCCUGCUGGAAAAGGAGGGUGAAGUCUGAGUACAUGAGGCUUCGACAGCUCAAACGCUUUAGGCGGGCCGAUGAAGUCAAGAGCAUGUUCAACACCAACCGCCAGAAAAUAAUGGAGAGAACUGACAUUUUGAACCAGGAGUGGAAGACAAGGAGAAUCCAGCCAGUUCACAUCAUGACGUCCGUCAGCUCUCUGAGAGGCACCCGAGAGUGCACUGUGGAUAGUGGUUUCUCAGAGUUCCCCAGGCAGGUCAUCCCUCUAAAGACGCUUAAUGCGGUGGCCUCUGUGCCAGUCAUGUACUCCUGGUCACCGCUGCAGCAGAACUUUAUGGUAGAGGAUGAGACUGUGCUUCAUAACAUCCCCUACAUGGGAGAUGAGAUUCUGGACCAGGAUGGUACCUUUAUAGAAGAGCUGAUUAAGAACUACGAUGGCAAAGUCCAUGGAGACAGAGAGUGUGGUUUCAUAAAUGACGAGAUCUUCGUGGAGUUGGUCAAUGCUCUGUCUCAGUACAGUGAAGAGGAGGAGGAAGAGGAGGAGGAAGAGCAGGACUUCAAGGUUGACAAGAUGGAUGUAUGUGAUGGCAAAGAGCAUUCAGAGGAUCCGCGCAAGGACGGGAUAAUUAACAAUGAGAGUCGAACCAGUAAUGACAGCACCAAGAAGUUUCCCUCCGACAAGAUUUUUGAAGCCAUUUCCUCCAUGUUCCCCGAUAAAGGAACCACAGAGGAGCUCAAAGAAAAGUACAAGGAGCUGACAGAGCACCAGCUGCCUGGAGCUCUACCUCCUGAAUGUACACCAAACAUCGAUGGCCCCAACGCUCGCUCAGUGCAGCGGGAGCAGAGCCUGCACUCCUUCCACACUCUGUUCUGCAGACGCUGCUUCAAAUACGACUGCUUCCUCCACCCUUUCCAUGCAACUCCUAACACAUACAAGCGCAAGAACAUGGAGAUCCUGGAAGACAGUAAACCGUGUUGUAUCGACUGCUACAUGUACCUGGUGCAGGAUGGCAUAGUGAGGGAGUACCCAGCAGGUGUGGUUUCAGAGCGGGCGAAGACACCCUCCAAACGCACAGUGAGCCGUCGCCGUGGACGGCUGCCAAAUAGCAACAGCCGACCCAGCACCCCAACCAUUUCCUCCGAAACCAAAGACACAGACAGCGACCGCGAAGGCAGCAAAGACGACGAGAGAGACAACGAUGAAUACAAGAAGGACGAGAACACCAGCAGCUCCGAAGGCAACUCGCGAUGUCAGACUCCUGUGAAGAUGAAGCUGAGCAGUGAGCCUGAAGCAGUGGAGUGGAGUGGGGCUGAGGCCUCGCUCUUCAGGGUUCUCAUCGGAACGUAUUACGACAACUUCUGUGCCAUUGCUCGGCUCAUCGGCACCAAGACCUGCAGACAGGUUUACGAGUUCAGGGUCAAGGAGUCGAGCAUCAUUGCUCGGGCUCCCACUGAAGACGAGGACACACCGCCCAGGAAGAAGAAGAGGAAGCACAGACUGUGGGCCACUCACUGCAGGAAGAUCCAGCUGAAGAAAGAUGGCUCGUCCAAUCACGUGUACAACUACCAGCCGUGUGACCACCCGCGACAGCCCUGCGACUCCUCCUGUCCCUGCGUGACAGCUCAAAACUUUUGUGAGAAGUUCUGCCAGUGCAGCUCUGAGUGUCAGAACCGUUUCCCGGGUUGCAGGUGCAAAGCUCAGUGUAACACCAAGCAGUGUCCCUGCUACCUGGCAGUGAGGGAGUGUGACCCCGACCUCUGCCUGACCUGUGGCGCUGCAGACCACUGGGACAGCAAGAACGUGUCCUGCAAAAACUGCUCAAUCCAGAGAGGAGCAAAGAAGCACCUGCUGCUGGCCCCGUCGGAUGUAGCAGGUUGGGGCAUCUUUAUCAAAGAGCCAGUCCAGAAAAACGAGUUCAUCUCAGAGUACUGUGGAGAGAUUAUCUCUCAGGAUGAAGCAGACCGCAGAGGCAAAGUCUACGAUAAAUACAUGUGCAGCUUUCUCUUCAAUCUAAACAACGACUUUGUAGUUGAUGCCACAAGGAAAGGCAAUAAGAUCCGCUUUGCCAACCAUUCUGUCCACCCUAACUGCUAUGCAAAAGUGAUGAUGGUGAACGGGGAUCACAGGAUAGGAAUCUUUGCCAAGAGAGCCAUCCAGACAGGAGAGGAGCUCUUCUUCGACUACAGGUACAGCCAGGCGGACGCUCUGAAGUACGUCGGGAUCGAGCGGGAGAUGGAAAUUCCUUGAUUGUGACUUCUACCUCCUGUGGAUCAACUCAAAGGCCUUAUACACAAACACACACUUUUUGUUAUCUAUUAAAAUGCUUGGAAGCUUCAGGAAAACUGGGAAUAUUUGAAAAAAAAAAAAUUUUUUAUUGAUGUUUUUUUGCCUCCAUUGGUCCUUUUUUUUUUGUGAUUCUUCUUCUGUCGACGGGACGUUUGGAUUCAUAAAUGUUUCGUCAGAUGAAGGUGCAGAUCACCUUUUACAAUUCCUCUACAGUUUAGUGUUUUACAGACAGAGGAGACGAACCAGCAAUGUUGUCUGUUUCCAAUUUAAGCUUCAGGGACCAAAAUCCUCCACCAGCCGCUUUCACACACUGACCAGACUCCUGCUUGUCCCUCGUGCCACAUGCGGUCAGUUGUUUUUUAUAUGGUGUGAACUCAUCACUCUCCAAGUGCAGAUCCCUUCACAUCUGUAAGAGGCUGAGCAGGGUCCAAUUAGGUCCAGAUGUUGCAGCUUCAGUCCUCUGUAUGCUCCUACACUUAAUUGGUUGUUUGUGCUUCUUUGUUAGCUCUGAUAUAGAGAGAGAUCCAGUCUCAGGCUGUGGAGAAUCUGUUCUGGGAGUCUCGGCUUUGUGAUGCUGCCUCUGCUUUAGGUGCUAACAAGAGUGUGUGUGUGUGUGUGUGUGUGUGUGUUAUCAUAGCCAGCAGCCCAACGGUUCCCUUCUCCUCUGAGUACCACAGUCACCCUGGGUUUCCACAAUCUCCUUGUCUGUUUUCCCUGCAGCACCAAGCUCUACUCACACUCGGAUCAAAGGAAUGCACAAAUUUAUGAACUAUAAUAUCAAGUUUUGUUUUACAUGUUGCCAAUCUUUUAAAAAAAAAACUUAAUUUAGGUUUUACUUCCAGCAAGAGUCUGUAAAAAUGUAAGUUAGAGUUUGAGCUAAUCUCUAAACAUGUAUUGUAUCAUUUAAAAACAACCUCAGUUUCACUUGGUUAUUAAUUAAUAAUAUUUGGAAAAUCACAACUCUGAAAUAGCUGACGAUAGAAAGCUGUGAUUUUUGUCUUCCAGUAUUUAUUUCAAAAGUUUACUUGGUGCAUAAUUUAGUCAAAUCUGAGGCAACUUGUCAGGAAACUGUGACUUUAUGAAGCCUUUUGAAUUAUUAGGACUUUAAAGUUAUUAAUUUAAUUUUCUUUCCUCGUAUACAGAAUGUGAUUUUGACUUGAUAAUGACUCCAGGAAGGAUUAAUUGGGACUAAUGGUUCCAGCUGUAAAACCAAAAGUGUAGUUUAGUGAUCUGAAACGAAACAACUGCUGUCUUGGUGAUUCAGUCGGUGUUUGACUCCACUGGUGUGAGUAGAGCGGUGUGAGGCGGAGACAGCUGGGGAAAACUGUCGACGUCUCGUUCUGUUGUGCCUUCAGUCUUCAUCAGGUCCAACAAGUGACCAACCUUCACAGUGUGCAAAACUCGUCCUCCGCUGCACUGCCUCCUGCCCUGAUGUUCAGCCUGCAGGACCCCCAUCAUUCCUCCUGUGGAAGCCUUACAGCAACGUACCAACAAUCACACUUUGACUCUUUUUUUAAAUGUGAACUCUGGUGCUUGUGAAGAUGCCACAGACUCAGCUCAGUGACCAACUUGAAGCAAUACCAGCCUUUGUUUUCUUUCCUGAACCUUCUGAGGAGAUCUUCAUCUCCAACUGUAACUUAUUACAAAUGGAGUCUUGUUUGUAGAUGACCGAUUCAGGGGCUCUGAUUCUUGGUGCUUCACUCGCAGGGUUCCUACACAUCUGGGAAUGUUAGAAACGGGUCAGGGAAUGGUUGUUUUUCUUCAAAUUAAAUGCAUGAAGAUGUUUUUUUAAAGUGUACUGGCCAUAAUUAAUUACAAUUGUAAACCUUUCAAACUAAGAUUUGUAGGAAUCCAUUUUUUUUACGCCUAUGAUCUCAGGCCUUUGGGACAGAUCCUUGUGUUUCUAACUUCCUCACUGUGGAUGCGAUUCAACCUACGAUGACCUGAUCAGCCACUGUGGAGUGUGUUCAGAGAAUCACUGGCUGGGCAACAAGUUAAGCUGAUCAAAAAAACAAAACCCAUGUGAAAUAUCUAAAUGAAAUGUUUGUCUCUAAACGGGAAAUGAGCAGAUUUCAGGGGGACGUCUCAUCAAACCAGGACCACUUCUCUCCUCAGACACCGGUGCUCAUUUUGUAAUGUUUACAGGGAUUUUGUUGUUUCAAAGUGUUGCAGAUUAAAUAUUAUAAUGGCUUGCG